UGCCUCGAGGAGGAGAAGAAGAAGAAGAAGCGCCUGCAUCUAAAAACAAUCAACAUGGCGUUCAGUUUCGGUGGCGCCGCGAGUAACCCAGCGGCAAGCACGUCCGGGUUUUCUUUCGGUUCAUUUGGUGCCAAACCCACCGCAUCAACGGCCGCGUUUGGCUUCGGCCCCGCAGCCACCACCACCACAGCCGCCCCCGGAUUCGGCGCUCUCGCAGCCCCUGGCUUUGGCGCCGCCGCCCCUGCUGCUGCCGCACCAGCCACAGGAUUUAGUUUUGGCGCCACCAACACUGGAUUUGGGGUGCUGGGAGCUGGAAGCACCACUGCUGGCACGUUUGGUGGCUUUGGGACAACCGCAACAACUGCUGCUGCACCAGGGUCCACGUUCAGCUUUGCUGCUCCCGCCAACACCGCAGGAGGCCUGUUUGGUAACACGCAGAACAAAGGUUUUGGGUUCUCAUCUGGGCUCGGAGCUGGAACCGCUGCUGGGGCAACAGGAUUUGGUACUGGGUUAGGAACAACUAGCCUCGGUGGGUUUGGAGGCUUUAAUAUCCAGCCAACGCAGCAGCAGCAGCCAGGAAGCUUGUUUGGCCCGCCGGCCCAGCUCCAGGCUCAGCCCACCCAGCUGUACCAGCAGGUCACUGCUCUGUCAGCACCCACCUUGUUAGGAGAUGAGCGUGACUCCAUUUUAGCCAAAUGGAACCAGCUGCAGGCUUACUGGGGCACUGGGAAGGGCUACUACAGCAACAACAACCAGCCCGUCGACUUCACCCAGGAGAACCCAUUCUGCAGGUUCAAGGCGGUGGGCUACAGUUGUGUCCCAGUGAGUAAGGACGAGGAUGGCUUCGUGGUCUUGCUUUUUAAUAGAAAAGAAUCUGAUGUGCGAGCUCUGCAGCAGCAGCUGGUGGAGUCCCUCCACAAGUUCCUGGGAAGCAACCAGACUCUCACUGUCAAUGUGGACGUCGUCAAAGCCCUGCCCAAUGACCAGACGGAGGUGAUCGUUUACGUGGUGGAGCGUUCUCCCAAUGGCACCUCCAAGCGGAUCCCCGCCACCACGCUCUUCAACUAUCUGGAGCAGGCCAACGUCAAGGCGCAGCUCACGCAGAUCGGAGUGCUCAUGUCUGUCGCACGCACGGAGCUGUCUCCGGCUCAGCUCAAACAGCUGCUGCAGAAUGCACCCGCAGGAGUGGACCCCAUCAUCUGGGAGCAGGCUAAGGUGGACAACCCUGAACCAGAGAAAUUAAUACCUGUGCCCAUGGUGGGUUUUAAGGAGCUUUUGCGCAGGCUGCAAAUCCAGGAGCAGAUGACCAAACAGCACCAGACCCGAGUGGAUAUUAUAUCCGGCGACAUCAGUGACCUCCAGAAGAACCAGGCGACCACGGUGGCCAAGAUAGCCCAGUACAAGAGGAAGCUGAUGGACCUCUCUCACCGGGUGCUGCAGGUGCUAAUCAAACAAGAGAUACAGCGGAAAAGUGGAUAUGCUAUCCAAGUGGACGAGGAGCACCUCAGGGUGCAGCUGGACACCAUCCACUCUGAACUGAAUGCCCCCACACAGUUCAAGGGUCGGUUGAAUGAACUAAUGUCCCAAAUCCGGAUGCAGAACCACUUUGGCGCUGUGCGAUCAGAAGAGCGCUACAGUGUUGACGCAGACCUUCUCAGGGAAAUCAAACACCACUUGAAACAACAGCAGGACGGUUUAAGUCAUCUGAUCAGCGUCAUCAAGGACGACCUGGAAGACAUCAAACUCGUAGAGCACGGGCUGAGUGACAGUGACAGUGGACACAUGAGAGGAAGCAUCCUGAGCUGAGUCUGCCUCCCCAACACACGCACACACACACACACACACACACACACAUAUUGUGCUCUGACUCACAAUAUCAAUCCUCUGAAAAGUGGCCUGCCCGUCACCUCGAAGAGUCGACUUGUUCUUGUCGUCAUGCUGUAUCUGCAUCCGGAAUCUCCUGGUCCCCAUUUUAAAACGACUUUUCCCCCCACAAGAAAAUACUGCUUAAACUGUGCUUUCCGGACGGAUAUAAAGAGCUCAAUUAAAAAACUCUACAUCAUCUAAUAAUAGCUGGCGUCACCUGUUUGUUAAAGCAGAUUUUGGGAAUGAGACCGAUUGUGGCUGGCGGGUAAACAAACUGUAGGAUUGAGUGUGUGCUGUGUUUGAAUACAUUGUAAAUACAUCUUUGUAUUUCUUUUCUUUUUUUUAAAUGCCGUUGUCAGAAUGUUAAUAAAGUUCAUUUGAAUUUAAAAACAA